AUGGCAUCGCAUCAAGAGGUGCGGCAACAAGCCAGCCCCGCCGCAGACGGGUCAGCUUCGAUCGAGAUGCGUGAUGCAACGGCUUCAUCUCAGCCUGCAGCGGCCACCGAUCUCGAUCGUGUCACCAGCACCGGCACCUGGGGCGAACCAGAACGAGGCGAACAUGUCAACAUCAACCAAGCCAUGCAGGACUUUCAGCUCGCACGUCAGUCGUCACGCGGCUCUGCUACCAGCUCCAAUGCUGCCUCUUCAUCUUCUGGCCUGCGUGGCGGGUCUAGCAUUGUUCGUGCUUUGAGCGGCGGUAACCGCAACGGCGACCGCAACAAGCAGCCCAGGAUCAACGAGAACGAGCUCGACCUCGAAAACGUUCCCUCGGAAGAAGAGAGCUACGAAGACGACUUUGAUCUCAACAAGUGGAUGUUGACGCGCAGCGCCCAAGCCAAAGAGGAAGGCAUCGACCACGGCAAGCCUGUCGGAAUGCUCUGGAGAGACAUGUCCAUCACUGCUCCCGGUUCUGGUCAAGGUGGCAUCUUUGUCAAGACGCUUCCCGUCGCCAUCACCAACACUGCAUGGAGGGAUCCCAUCGGUAUCCUCACCACCUUGAUCCCACCGCUCGGCAAGCUUUUCGCUCCUCGCAACAUGCCCACCACCACGCUCCUCCACGCUUCCAACGGCAUCCUCAAGCCGGGAGAGAUGCUUCUCGUCCUCGGUCGUCCCGGGUCGGGCUGCUCCACCACGCUGCGUGCCAUCACCUCCAAGAACCACACCAACGUCAACGCAUCCGGCAAGAUCCUCUACGGCGGUCUCGAUGCCGCCGAGAUCAACCGCAAGUACCGAGGCGAGGUCGUCUUUGUCGACGAGGAGGACACGCACUUCCCCACGCUCACCGUUGGCCAGACGCUCGAGUUCGCCCUCAAGAACAAGGUGCCGCAUCGAUCGCGUCGACUCAAGGGCGAAUCGCGCCAGGACUUUAUCGAGAUGUGCAUCGAUGUGAUGCUCAAGAUGUUUGGCAUGACGCAUGUGCGCAACACCAUCGUGGGUGACCAGGCCGUCCGAGGUGUUUCUGGUGGUGAGCGAAAGAGAACCACCAUCUCGGAAGCGCUCGCUACGCGCGCCAGCGUCAUUGCGUGGGACAACUCGACUCGAGGUCUCGACGCCUCCACCGCCCUCGACUAUGCCCGUUCGCUGCGCAUCAUCACGGAUCUAGCCCAACGUUCGACGAUUGCCACGCUCUACCAGGUCUCAGAGAGCAUCUUUGACCUGUUCGACCGCGUCGCUGUGAUCGACCAGGGUCGAUGCAUCUACUACGGUCCACGCAAGCUCGCGCGCUCCUACUUCUACGACCUCGGUUACGACACGCCCGAUCGACAGACGACGGCCGACUUUGUCACGGCGCUGACGGACGUCAACCAGGUGGUGUUCCGCGAGGGCAUGGAGGCGCAGACUCCCAAGACCGCGGCGGAUCGCGAGCGCGUCUGGCGAUCCAGCCCGCUCUACCGGCAGCUCGAAUCGGAGCUCGAGUCAUACGAGCACCACCUGGCGCAGGCCGAACAGGCCGAGCGACUCAAGCAGACCGUCCGCUCCGAAAAACGCAAGGGCGUGCAAAAAGGUUCGAGCUACACAGUGAGUUUCUGGGAUCAGAUCCUCAGCUGCAUCUGGCGCCAACUGCUCAUCAAGUGGGGCGCCAGAGGCGACCUCUACGUCAAACUCUUCACCAUCAUCUCGGUGUCGUUUAUGAUCUCGUCGUUGUUCUACAAGCAGCCGUUUGAUUCGGAAGGUGUCUUCACGCGGGGGGGUAUCCUGCUUUUCGCCUGCCUGUUCAAUGGAUGGCUGCAACUGUCCGAGUCGUUCGAGGCGGUGGCGGGACGACCGAUGUUGAGCCGACACCGACAAUUUGCCUUCUACCGCCCGUCGGCGGUGGUCAUCGCCCGUGCGCUGGUCGACAUCCCCUUCCUCCUCGUCCAAUGCUUCUUGUCGGCCAUCAUCAUCUACUUCCUGGCCAACCUUCGACCGGAUGCCGGAGCGUUCUGGAUCUUCUACGUCUACUGCUUCCUCUCGUCCUACUCGCUCACCGCGCUCUAUCGCAUGUGCGCCGCGUUUUCGCCCGGGUUCAACGAGGCGAUCCGCUUCUCGGUGCUUUCGCUCAACGUGCUCAUCAUCUGGGUUGGCUAUGUGCUGCGUCGUCCGCAGAUGAACUGGCUCAUCUGGCUCAGUUACGCUCAACCCAUCAGCUACGCCUUUGAAGGGUUUCUGGCGAACGAGCUCAACUAUCCGAUUCAGUGCGCCGCGGAGCAGAUCGUGCCAUUCGGAGAGGCGAGGGAUGUCGCGUUCCAGACGUGCUCCUUGACUGGUGGGCAACCGGGGUCGUUGGUGGUGCAGAGCGCAGACUACCUCUCGGUGACUUUCGGGUAUUCGAGGAGCCAUAUUGGGCGAAACAUUGGCGUCAUCAUUGCGUUUUCGGUGCUCUAUCUCAUCCCCACGGUGAUCGGUGCCGAGAUCAUGAACUUUGGUGGUGCGGGUGGCGGCGUCACCGUCUUCGCGCGUACCAAGCGGGCCAAGGCCAAGCUGGCUGCCUCCAAGCCAGCCAGCAAGGACGAUAUCGAGUCGAAACCCGCGGUGGUAGCAACUCAUCCCAGCUCGAACGACAGCAACGGCAGCGUCACCCGCGCCAACUCGCCCUCUAGCAACGAAAAGACCACCGGCGUCAAGACGGCCGACGAACUGGACAAGAAGGCCAUCUUCACGUGGAAGGACGUCUCGCUGCAGCUGGCCGAGGGGCGCAAGCUGCUGGAUGGCAUCACGGGCUACGUCAAGCCGGGCACGAUUACGGCGCUGAUGGGUGCAUCCGGUGCGGGCAAGACGACGUUGUUGACGGCGCUAUCGCAGCGAGGCGUUGCGGGCGAGUUGUCGGGGGAUAUUCUGGUCGAUGGCAAGCCUCUCGGUCCUGGGUUUCAGCGCGAUACCGGGUUCGUGUUGCAGGGGGACGUGCAUCUGGCCUCGCAGACGGUCAGGGAGGCGAUCGAGUUCUCGGCAUUGUUGCGACAGCCGGCGGAGGUGCCUCGUGCCAAGAAGCUCGCUGAUGCGCAGCAUGCGAUUGAGCUGCUCGAACUGGAUGAUCUGCAGGACGCGUUGAUUGGCGUGCCUGGUUUUGGUCUGGGCGUGGAGCGCAGGAAAAGAGUGACCAUCGCCGUCGAGUUGGCGGCCAAACCCGAUUUGCUGUUGUUCCUUGACGAGCCUACUUCGGGUCUCGACUCGGCCGGAGCGGCAUCCAUUGUGCGCCUCAUCCGUCGUCUCGCUAGCGAAGGCCAGGCGAUCCUGUGCACCAUCCACCAACCCAGCGCGCUGCUCUUCGAGUCGUUCGACAACCUGCUCCUCCUCCAGCCCGGAGGUAGGACCGCGUACAUGGGCCAAAUCGGCAACGAACGCGCCAAAGGCUCCGAUCGAGUUCGCGAGUACUUUGAACGCAACGGUGCCCCCGCUUGCCCCCCGACCACCAACGUCGCCGAGUACAUGCUCGAGGUGGUAGCGCAAAAGUCGCAGAAGCCGUGGUCGGAACGAUGGAAGGCGUCGCCCGAAGCACGCGCGCUCACCGAAGAGGUCGAUGCCAUCAACAAGAACCGUGCCGAUCGACCGGUGAUCAAAGACUCGCGUUCCGAACGCGAGUACUCUGCGACGCUCCAGACGCAGAUCGUCGAGUGCACCAAACGCCAGUUCCGCGAUCUGUGGCGGGAUGCGCCGUUCGCCUACGGCAUCCUCUUCUCCAACAUUGUGACCGGUUUUGCGGCGGGCGGCGGCUUCGCCCAUCUGGGCAACUCGGUGACCGACCUGCAGUACCGCGUCUUUGUCGUCUUCCUCGUCAUCCUCAACUUCCCCGCGACGGUCAACUCGAUCAUCUCCAAGUUCUGGGAGAUGCGCAUCACGUUUACCGUACGCGAAGGCCCAUCGAAGACCUACUCGUGGAUCGCCUUCAUGACUGCGUUCGUGGCGGUCUCGAUUCCGGUAGCGUUGGUGGCCUCGGUGUUAUUCUUCCUACCGUCGUUCUUCUUGCCCUUCUACUCGCAGCGUUCGACGGUGGCGGGAAUGUGGUAUCUCAUGAUCUUCUUGGUGACGUGCUACGAGAUGUUUUUCUCGUUGGCGCUGGCCGCGGCGUGCCCGACACCCGUGACGGCGGCGAAUCUGUUGCCGUUCUUGCUGCCGUUCGUGGCGAUCGUCAACGGCGUCAUUGUGCCCAUAUCGAGGCUGGUAGCUCCUUGGUCUGGGUUGAUCUACGCCAACCCGCUCUACUGGUAUGUGCGCAGCAUGGUCGCGAAUAUCCUCCACGACCUGCCGGUGGUGUGUCGGCGCGAGGAUCUGGCCAUCUUCGACCCGCCGCAGGGGCAGACGUGCGGAGCGUAUGCGUUGCAGUGGGUGCAGAGCGUAGGCGGACAGCUGGUGAAUCCGGAUGCGACGAGCGCGUGCGAGUUCUGCCAGUUCCAGGUGGGAGAUCAGUUCGCGGCGACUUUGGGGGCUACGUGGGAGUUCAGGUGGAAGGGCGUGGGGAUUGUCGCUGGGUACACGAUCGGUCAGCUGGGUCUGGCGUACGUGGCCUACUGGUACUUUACCGAGAAGGGGUAUGGGAUUGGUGCUGGGCUCAUUUCGGGGCUAGUGGGCAAGGUGAAGCGCCUGGGGAAGGGGAGGCAGUAG